ACAGAAAAGUGGAAGCUGGAGGCAAAGCGGGUCAGAGGAAGGUGGGAUGUCUGUAUGGCUGGAGACAGGAGAGGAUGAUGAUGAUGAUGAUGAUGAUGAUGAUGAUGAUGAUGAUGAUGAUGAUGCACUUGUUCCUGAACUACACCUGCUGAAGAAUGUGUUCAGUUCUAUCCAGACUUUCAUCUGUCUGAUCCUCCUUUUGCUUUAAGCCUGACCACACGUCUCUGAUAUUGUUCCUCUUCAGUUUAUUCUCCAGCUUCUUCCUGUACUUCUCCUUGCUGACUCUAAUCUUGACUUUGAGCUUCUUCUGUAUACUCCUCAGUAACUCUCUGUCUCGUUCCUAAAGACUCUUUGUUUCUGGUUUAAUAGUUCCUUUAGGUCACUGGUGAUCCAGUGACUCUAUUCUGGUGGGAAUGGUUCUGAUCACACAGAGGUUUAUAUAGUCAGUCACACACUCAGUCAUGGCACUGAUGUCAUCUCCAUGUGUAAAGUGCUUUACUUUGGAACCAUAUUCACAUUUAUACACUGAUAUGAAUGUGGCAGCACUAGGUGGAGCUCAUGAAUAUUAUGCAACUUCAGUUCUUCGAUCCAAAAAAUAAGCAGCUCAGCAACACCACCCUGGGAAUAUUACCUUCUUUUUUUAAGGCACAUGGGUUCAAAUAUGCAGAUAUUUAUGACAUUUGAGAUGAGAUCUAAAUUUACAAAUCAAUUUAUUAAAUUCUAUGUAAAUACUGUUUUAAAAACACAUUCUCAAAAAGAAAAGCAAAUAAGGAAAACAGGGGAAACCCCACAGAAGCUGAGGUUACUGGUAGGAGAGGCAGAAACAAGGGACAGCAUUUAGCAAACAACAAUAAAAAAAAACCCUUUAAAGCACCAGACAGUGAGACAAGUUAAACCCACUUCAUCAUCUAAAUGGACACCAGAGGGCAGUCUUUUCCAUGAAGACUUCCGUUUCCUGCUGAUGAUAGCAUUGUCCCAAUACUCCUCUGUGUGUGGAAUGAAACAGUGAAAACAGUUUGUUCUGGUGAGACGAGCAGCAGUGUGGCAGAGCUAAGAGACCAUGUGCCCUAUUGCUGGGCUCAAUAAAGAUUCUCUUUAUUCUCACUUUCCACUCUUGGACAGGUGUCCUCAGAUGUCCUCAGAUGUCCUCAGAUGUCCUCAGCUCAUUCCCUCCCUUCAUGGAUAUAAUCUUAUGCCUAAUUGGCUAACUGGAGCAGCUAAGACCAGAUAUAGGGCUGUGUCUCACAGAGGAACAUCUAUGUCUGACUACGAGUGUUAGACUUUAGCAUGGUCAGAAGUAUACAAACACUCAGUGUCAACGUCAUUCUUGGAUUUAUUUUGUUCAUUUUAUUAUUCAUUUCUGUGUAUUUUUUCUUUUUUUAAUCUCUUUUUUCAGGGUGAGGAUGGUCAUAAUUCAUAUUUCUGACCUCUGUCUUAGAGUUCGUGUAAAUUACACUGUUAAAAAAGUCACUGGAGAAUUUACAGUAACUUACUGACAGCAGGGUUGCCAGCCAGUUACUGUAAUUUUUACGGUAAAGAAAUUACAGUAACUUUACAGUUCCCUUAUUGUAAUUUUUUUUUACAAUAGCCUUACUGUAAUUCUAUUGCAGUUUUACUGUCAUUUUUAUUACUAUCUUACUGUAAUUUGAUUAGUGUCACUGUAUUUUCUUUAAAAUAGCACAGUAAUUAUAUAACAUGGUUAAUGUGAUUUCAUCACAUUUUUGUCAUAAAAUUACAGUAGUCUUGUAGAAUUACAAAAAGUUGCAAUUAAGUAAGUAAUUGUAAUUGAAGAAAUUGUGACAACUUUGCCGAAACUCGUUGUUUGAGCUUUCACGUGUCCGUAGUUCUCCAGAUAAGCGCACUGAACAAGCGCGUGGUUGCUACGCGCGUGCUUUCUCAGUGCUCAUAACGAGCACGCGCGUAUUUUGCCGCCUGUGCGGAGCGGCAAGAAGAGGCAGGGGGAACCGAAUCUGAUGGGGAAACGCGAAUCGACGUAAUACCGCGUUUUACGUCGACGUUUGAUAUGGGCCAUGAAGCCCAUAUCAAACAUUCACAUUCUCAAAAAAUGUUUUGUCUCAAACCAACCAUGUCUGAAGUUUCUUAGUUUUCUAGGUUUUUAUAUUCAGGAGGGUUUAUACUGGCUUAGAAAUGUUCCUCUACAUUCAUUUCCUGUGAUGAGCAGGUGUUCUAUCAGAUUAUCAUACGCUGUCAGAAUAGCGUACAUGCAGUGAGUACGCAUGCCUGCGCAUGCGCAUUAAGAAGUCCGACCGUCAGAGGAGCUCAGUUCAGUUUACGCGAACUGGGACGAAAAUAAGCCAUUAAAUUGCUUUCAAUAAUAACUAGAUAGAUAUAAAUGCAUUGUCGUGGUUUCAAAGUGUAUUUAAAGCAGAGUCUAGCUACAGCUGCAGUCAGCUACAACACGCCCCCUUGUGAAACUCAUUAGCCUAGUUAACCGCUAAGUCAGGAUGUCACACCGCUGUUAAUAGCAAAUGUAUGACGAUCUACGUCAUGAUUCUAUGUUGCUGACUAACUAAGAUCAUAUGGUGAUGACAGGGUAUACUUGUCUGAUAGAUAUAACCGUCAGUUCGUGCUAAGCGGCUCUCUAUUGUCCUCAUCCAUCCGGUGAAGACCGGGGUAAUUCGUGUAAUUACAGGCUAGUAAACUAGAUGUGCACAAAGUUGGCUAAAGAUGCAACUCAAGAAAGAUGAAACUGUUCAACUCUUGUUGCUGUCUGUCAGCUGUCGCGGAAAAAGUAUUUCGCUGUUCGUAGCUCCCCGUGUGUAACGUGUUGCUGUGAACUAGAUAUCACUCCGCGGGAGAGAGGCGCUGAUGUCAAAAUAGAUGGUUCAUUAAUCUGCGUUAUGUAAAAUUAACGCAUUAAACGCGUUAACGUGGACAGUCCUAUGUGCGAGAGAAAAUAAAAUAAAAUAAAAAACAGUUGAGGCAUCCUACCCUCAAACAACUUCCGCAAAAAGACCAGAAUAUAACCAUCUGCAUAGGUGAACUAAAAAGAACUUGUGUUGCACAUAAUGUUAGCUGAGAAAUAACCGAAGUUAGCUUUAGCAAACAAGCGAGAGUAGCUCAAUAUAACCACAUCAAAUAUAUUUUCUUACACAAACAAACACAAAAAAGCAAUAUGUUUUUUAAAAAGUACUUACAAGCUAGAGUCCUGUAAGUGCCUCUAGCCUGUGAACGUUCGCCUCCAGUAGCUACAUUAAAAAUUAAAAAUUUACAGUACAGCUGUAAAUUUCCGCACGUGAUCCAGCGGUCCAAUCAGGCCCCAUAUAUUUUCCAUACGCAUUUCAGAUCACAGUGAAGAGCUGUAUUUUCAAAACCUUACUGAAUUUUCACGAUGUAGUUUUUACAGUCAUUUGUUACAGUGUAGGACAGCUGAAAAAUUAAAAGUUAAUUUAAUGUACCUUAGUCAUUAUUCCAUCUGUAGAUGCCAGCAUCUCUACGCUUCACAGUUGGAACCAUGUGAAGCGUUUUUGUUGGUGCAAACUUUGCUACUCUUUGUGUCAAACCAAAGAACACUGCAAACACACACUUCUUCAGCACUGAUGAGGAGUUCAUCUAUGAGAGGUGAGCAGCCACAGAUGCACAGUAAAUGUUGUUUCAUAGCACUUUAUAUGAAGAAUACAUGACAUUUGGACAUUUUAAAUAAAAAAUAAAUAAAUAAAUAAAAACAACUGAAAACAAUAGACGUUUUUCACAACUGGAAGCUAGAAAAAAUACAAACCAAACACCACCAAACCAUAAACAUAAUGGAUUAUAAGGUCUCUGCAAACAAAAUUUGAAACUAGACACAAGACAUGUAAAACAUCCAAACUCUCAGUUAAGACUUUUAUGAGUAUUGAGCUCAUUUUAAUUUAUAAUGUUAAUUAUUGAUUUAUUCCUUAUUGCAACAAGCGUAGGCUACAUAUAUCUCAAAUUGUUUUGACACCCUAAGCAGACGCUGGACUCUGAAAUGUUUAGUUGGAUAACCUAGAAAAAAUACUUUGUAAUCACCAUUAAGACUUGUGAGUGAGCUAGCGCCAUGUGAAGCUCACAGCUCUGGAGCUCAGACUGUUGGCACCAUCAGGUGACAGAACAAAAACGCCUCAGGCCAGCUGAACCAGUCUGGGACUGGAAGCUAUCAGAGGUUGCUUAGUGAUGCACAAACGUAGAAACAAUAUUAUGAAAGCAUUACUAUCAGCUAUUACAUAAAGGAAAAGGGAUUACUGCAUAAGCAUGCAUAAACUGUUCACCUACUCAGCCCUGCUGGGCUCUGGGAACUUGCAUGUCAGUGUGUGUGAAUGUGUGUGUGAUGUGUGAGUGUGUGUCCAAGCAGUGCAGAUCAGCAGAGAGAUUAGUGUUUUCUGAGUGUGUGGACGGCUUGAUGGAACGUUCUGGAAGCCUUUCAGCUGUAGGAAACUGGAGAGAAGACAGAAUCUUGAAGUUCUGACUUUCUUCAUUUGAGCUGAACAGAAGGAACCAAACUAAAACCAACUUCAGGAGUUACUACAGUCAGUAGUGUCAGUGCUGGAUCCAGGCAGAGAUAACGCAGUGGGAUAACGGACCAUGCUCCUCCCCUGUGGACGCCCAGGCUUUUGGCCACAUCACAAGUGGUGUCAUAUCAGCUAAAUCAGACCGAGAAAUAAUCCGUUUAUUUUAAAGUGAAACAGAGGCUUGGUCAGACUCCACUGACAGCAACACUUCAACCUCACUGGUCAAAUGGCAGAGGAAUACGAACAGGCAGAAUUUAUCAAAGAUCGACUGUACUUUGCUACUCUUCGUGUCAAACCAAAGAACACUGCCAACACACACUUCUUCAGCACUGAUGAGGAGUUCAUCUAUGAGAGUUUCUACGCAGACUUUGGGCCCCUGAAUCUCGCAAUGCUCUACAAAUACUGCUGCAAACUCAACAAGAAGCUCAAGUCCUUCACAAUGUCUAGAAAGAAACUGGUUCACUUCACCAGCUAUGACCAAAAGAAGAGAGCCAACGCUGCUUUUCUCAUCGCUGCCUACUCUGUUAUCUAUUUGAAAAGGAGUCCAGAUGAAGCCUACAGAACUCUGAUCUCAGGAAAUAAUACUCCCUACCUGCCAUUCAGGGAUGCAGCGGCGGCAGAGAGCACCUUCAACCUCACUGUCCUGGACUGUUUACAGGGAAUACGUAAGGCAUUGCAGCACAGAUUCCUGGAUUUUGAAACUUUUAGUCCUGAGAAAUAUGAACAUUACGAGCGAGUUGAAAAUGGAGACAUGAACUGGAUCAUCCCAGGAAAAAUUCUGGCUUUCAGCAGCCCUCAUGCUCGAAACAGGGUGGAGAACGGUUAUCCUCUCCAUGCACCUGAGGCAUACUUUGAGUUCUUCGGCCAAAACAACGUGACUGAUGUGGUCCGCCUGAAUAAGAAGUUGUACGAGAGCCGACGGUUUGAGGACGCACAAUUUGAACACCAUGAUUUCUUCUUCAUGGACGGCUCAACACCCUCUGACCUGAUCGUUAGACGCUUCCUGCACGUGUGUGAGAGUGCAGAGGGAGCUGUAGCUGUGCACUGUAAAGCUGGUUUGGGCCGUACAGGCACUCUGAUCGCCUGCUAUCUGAUGAAGCACUUCAGGUUCACAGCAGCUGAGGCUAUCGCUUGGAUCAGGAUCUGCCGACCCGGGUCAAUUAUUGGACCCCAGCAGAACUUCUUAGAAGAGAAACAACACAGCUUGUGGGUUCAGGGAGAUGUGCAUCGCUCCAAACAGAAGCUUGCCCAGCAGAGGUUCAAUCGACAGCAGCAGCAGCAGCAGCAGUACCAUCUGCCUGGUUCUGACCCGGUACCACUGGGCAAACAAGAAGCAAUGCCUCAUCUGGUUACAAGCAUGAAUGAUCUGUCAAUCAAAACCGCUCUGUGCAAAUCCUACAGUUUGGAUGAAAGCAACUGUAAGGAAACCAGUCUGACCCAGGGAGACAAUCUGAGAGCAGUGAAGGGAAAACGGACACCAAGAUCAGCUUCCUCCUCUUCCAGGUCAAACAUGUCAAAGGAGUCCCACUGUUCCAUCCUCCCUCCCCCUAAGUCACCUAAAAUCAGUCUUUCCCUUCCUCCAUCCUCUUCUAAAAAGCUUAGAAGAAGCUCUUCCACUGUCACACAGAUCAAGAGCCCUUUCAGCCUUAGUCUGUUCAGCACCAGGCCUGCACUGAUUCACUGAACUCAGCUGGGAGAACAAGGUUAUGGAUCUGACAGUGAGCAGAUUGCAAAACUGGAUCAGCCAGAGUCUGAGAAGGCCUUAAACAUUGUGUUCAUGAAGCUGUUGAAUUCUGCUUCAUUGAUUUGCGAGAACAGUCGAUGAACAAAUCAGCUGUUAAGAAUUAUAUUUUUCCUGUAAUACCCAUUGUAACAUAACCACUAUGUUUGUUUUUUUCUGAAUAAAUACAUUAAAGAGUAAAUGUAUCAAACUGUUUUGUAGAACAGUUGCUGUUAUUUCAUAGUUAAAAUCUCCACUGUUUAAAGCUGAUUUUGGGCAGCAUCAUGCUGGUUUUAGGUGUGGUUGAAAUUAGUGAAUAAAAAGGGGCGUGGCGUCGAAGAGGAAGACGCACACAGUCAGAUCUGUGCAGCGGGAGAUUUGACUUGAUUGAAUGUUUAAAAUAAGUUAAAAAUAAAAAAAAAGAGAUAAAACAGCAAUCAAAGUUCAACCCAGCGCCGCAGAUUGUGCAUUUAGAAACCGGAUCGGAGCUUGUACCCAGGAAACGCCGCCCGGUGCGAGAGGACGCCACCGAGGGGGAAGAAAGACACUCCGGUGAGAUCUGGACUUUUGGUGGUACCACUCUUUUUGCUUAUCUUUUUUGGGGGGAUUUUGACGUUUUGGAUUUUUCAUUUUGGAUUGGGACUUUGGAUUAAAACAGAGAAAU